AUGUGGGACGUAUCGGAGAAAACAUUGUAUUCCAUGAUAGUGUUUCUGUUUUUAGAAUCACUUCUAGAGCUGUACCUAACGAUGCGGCAGAUUCGCGUUUACAAGCAAAGCAAGAGCGUACCGAAAGAGCUCCAGCACGUCAUGAACAACGAUACAUUCGAGAAGGCUCGCGUGUACGGACUGGACAAAGCUUACUAUAGUAUCUUCAAGAUGAUUGUCUGUGAUAUCUGGAUUACGCAGCUAGAGCUGGUCUACGGCUUUAUGGCUCUCGUAUGGGCUCGUUCGGUCGAAAUCUCUGCCACUAUUGGAUUAAAUCCCAAAAGUGAAAUUCACGUGGGAUGCCUUUUUGCGCUACUGCUGAACAUAAUCGGGAUGCUGAAGGAAAUGCCGUUCAAAAUUUACAGCACCUUUGUUCUGGAAGAAAAGCACGGUUUCAACAAGCAGACAGCGGGAUUUUUCGUCAAGGAUCAAAUCAAGGGCUUUUUAGUUGGCCAAGCGUUAACCAUACCUGUAGCGGCUGUGUUUAUCUACAUCGUUCAAAUUGGAGGUCAAUAUUUCUUCGUCUGGCUGUGGGUGUUUGUGGCUGCCGUUUCCCUGGUGCUCAUUACCAUUUAUCCCGUGUACAUUGCACCCAUUUUCGACAAAUUCCGUCCGUUGGAAGAGGGAGAAUUGAAGCAGAGUAUACACGAGCUGGCAACCAGCGUGAAGUUUCCUCUGGGACAGCUGUUUGUCGUGGAGGGUUCGAAGCGUUCGGCGCACAGCAAUGCUUACUUUACUGGACUGUUUGGCGUGAAACGAAUCGUGCUUUUUGAUACGCUGCUAGUCAACAAAGGGUUGCCGGAGGAUGAUCCUUCGCUCACGGAAAGCGAUAAGGGUAAAGGAUGCAAGAACGAGGAAGUGUUGGCCGUGCUGGCGCAUGAGCUUGGCCACUGGAAGCUGGGACACGUUGCCAAAAACAUUAUUAUUGUGCAGAUACAAUUGUUUUUGAUUUUCCUUGCCUUUUCGCAACUUUUCACGUACGGUCCGUUGUACGAGGCGAUCGGUUUGCCUGUGGGCGAGAAACCUAUCCUGAUCGGGUUUAUGAUUAUUGUAAUGUACGUGUUAGCACCGUACAAUACAUUGAUCUCGUGCGUUAUGACUGUACUAUCUAGACGAUUCGAGUAUCAGGCCGAUGCGUUCGCCCAACAGCUUGGAUAUGCGAAAGAUUUGGGUAAUGCGUUGAUCAAACUGCAACUGGACAAUCUAGGAUUUCCCGUGUAUGAUUGGAUGUACUCGGGGUGGUAUCAUUCCCAUCCGACCGUUUUGCAGCGCCUUGAUAGGUUGAAAUCGCUCUGCCAAGGAAAGGAACAAACGUACAAACCGAAAUCCCAAUAA